UCGACACGACGUGCUAACAGUAACUCCGAUGUAGGCAGUUCACAGCCUUCGUGUGUGUAUUAGAACUUAAAUGUAAUGCAUGGCGGAUAUUCUCUUGGAUUUAUAAGCCUUAUUUCGGACAAAUAGUGCAAUAUAGAAAGGAAUAUAUUUGUGAAAUUCAUAUAAGGAGUUGACAUGGAGUAGUUUCGAAACAGUUCAUGCAAUGGGAGUACAGGAUCGGAUUACAAUACGAAAUUCCUGAUGGCGGGAAGGCCGGACUAUACUCUGGAUAGAACACGGCUAUUGCAAGGAGACCCGACAGGCCUCUCACAUGGCUCUGCCGGGAUGUUGGCCCAGUACGCUGCUGCUGCCGCGGAGAAUGCCGCUUUGGCAGCGAGACAAGUCGGACUGGCUGAGAUCCCUGGCGCGAGUCCGUUGGCGGCCCUAGGCCAUCUCCCUGGUCAGUACCCAACGGACAGGUACUAUCCUCCGUCCAUGUCAAUCCACGGUCAAGGUUCAAGUUAUCCAUGGAGCAGUUACCUGAAUCCUGCGGGCGCUCCACCGUCCUCCGCCGCCGACGCCUACAAAUCUCUGAUGCCAUCCUCGAUACCUCAUGUCUGGCCUCAUGCCCUGUCCAGUGAAGGGUAUGCAGCAUAUGGCCUGGGUGCCUACUCUCCCUACAUGCCGUACUUGCACGGGGCCGGUGAUACACCAAUCUUUUCACAAGCCCUUUCUGGACUAAACCAAUCAUCGGCCGUCUAUCAUCGGAUAUACGAUCUACACAAAGAGGCGAAACCUCCAGAUAUCGGUGUCCACGGCGGCCUCGGACAAACUCUUAUGACGCCCCACGCCAGCCUAAGCUAUGGCCGACCCAACUUAACAGCGGCGUGCAGUCCCAUGGCCAGUCCGAAUGUCACGCCUAUUAGUCAACCCUUGAUCAAGUCAGAGACGCGGAUGGACAGACCUUGUCAUCAUGAGGAGCCAAGGAAAAGGACAGAAACACGCGAACGAGCCUCAUAUUCACGCAAUUCUAACCCCGCGAAAGCAACGAAGGCCGAGGGUGAGGCAAAAUUCAAACAGAAAGGGAAUAGCGUGAAACAGGAGAACAGUAAAUCCAAGUCAUGUGCUGGCGAUAAAAGAAAGCCGCAACAGUGCCAUAAUCCGGAGAAUGCAAAGCAGGACCGGACAAAAUCUAAUCAGACUAAUAACGCCAAGUGUGAAAAGGAUGGGAGUACGAUACCAAAAAUGGAGGAACGGACCUCCUUGAUAAAGAAUAAACCAGUGCAAUCUAAUCACCCGACGGCGGCCCUAGCAUGUUCUGCGAAUGUGGGUGUUAAAAGUGAGAGCCCUAAGGAGGCUCAGUGCAGUGCAAUCAAGGCGACAGCGCCUAAGGAGGCUAGUGCUGGUGAAGAGAAACCACAACCUACGACACCACUGCCUGCCAUUGUGAAAAAGCCAUCUUUAGAAAAGGAAAAAGCCAUUCUUAAAAAUACUAUAUUCAAAGUAGAACCCGGUGAUAUGUGUAUCAGUUCUUGUAGCGAGAAACCAAAGGAAAAUUCAGUGAGAGUGCCUCGUGGUCAUGAACAACGAUCUCAUAAAGAACGGUCAAAAGGGAAGCCAAAAGAAGAAUUAUCGGUGAAACACUUCUCUCCGGAUACUGGCUUCAAAACUGAUCCGGAGGAUGGAGAGGAAAUAGAUGUAGAAAUCGAAAGAUCUCAGGUCGAGGUUAAAAUAGACGACAUAAAGCCGCUAAAAGAUGAACAUGACGAUGCGUUGGCUUCUUGUAAGAAGGAGCCUUUGGAUGUGAAACCCGGUGAAAGUAGUUGUCAGUCAGCUAGUGUUAAGGCAGAACCGCCAAAGAGCGAGGCUCAAGAGAGUCAAGACACGUCUACGAAUAGCGCCUCGAGUAGUCCGAGUGUUAGUGACACGUCGUCAGGCUUCGCCCCAGCAAUUGUCGUACCAGGGACCGAGACUUCUGCAAUGGUGACGUCGACGAGCCCAGGUGGCGGUGUGUACGCCAUGUAUCCAUCCACCUUGCCAAUGGCCGCAUAUAUCGGACAGAAUCCUGGUCCGUCAAUUUUGACGACAGAUGGAAAACCAUUGACACCCUACUCAACGGCCACAGCGCAUCUGAUGCCGCUCUACCAAUCGUUGUAUUCACUGUCCAAGGAAGAGGCGUGUAAGGAGGGAAAGAAGGUGCAUGCUACCACGUUCACGCCGGAGGUAGGGGUGCUCCCGACUGUGGCCACGCUUGCUGCGACUGGGAGCAGUAGUCCAUUGAAAGAUAAAGUAAAGAACGAUCAGAAUAGGAACUAUCUCCAGCCAGUCUCACCGCGGGAUGAAAUAUCUGUGACCCCUGGCGGCAGUCCUAGUGCUGUUAAGGAUAAGGAAGGCACCAAGGCGAAACAUGGGGAGAAGAAGUCGUCAUCACGACGAGAUACAGACAGUGAUGUGUCAAACAGAAACACUCCAGUGGAUAAUGUGAUAUCGAAGACAGAGAAGCGGGAUAGUUCCUGUGGUUCGAGUGACACUGGGAGUAUCCCUUCUGUUGCUUUGGUCACAGCGCCUGAUCGGACUACAGAAAAUGAAAAUGUUGCGACUAACGUCACGGAAAUGUCGCCCCUUCAGCAUCAAAUGGGUGAUAAAAAUAGCAUUCCUCUUUCUAUGCCUUAUCGGGAUAUAAUUCACGACUACGGACAGCCGCGGCACCAUGUGACGCUCACUGAGGCCCACAUGAGCCCCCAGGCUUCGGAAGCCAUGAAGGAUAAUAUCCCCGAACAGAUUGAUCGGCGGUUGUACGACUGGACGCAGUACAACAUAGCAUCCUCCUCGCUGUCGCCGCCAGGAUAUUUAUUCACCAGUCAGAUUCAAGUUCCUACAGCUACUUACUCCAGCGAGGAAGAGAGGCGAAGGUUGGUUGAUUCAGGUUGGAUCCCUGGCCAGCCAACAACGCCUGUCCCGAACCCUGGCCUUGGCAGUCCCCCGGAUCUAAAACCGGUGAUACCUAUGGACGGUUCUGUUAGUUCGGAUCAGUCGCCAGUGCAGGCGACAGCUCCUGCUUCUACGACGGAUUACAAACAGGAAAACGGCAAAUCAGUAGUUGAAUCUCAUACGUUAAGCCGGCAAAAUGGCGCCGGAAACGGAGACGGAAGCCACACGAACGAGAAGCCGCCGGCAGGUGGCAGCAAGAGCACGGAGGAAGCGGUUACCAUGGCGAUAACAGGACCUGCUACGAUACCUAUUGGAAUAGCAGUGGCAAGACAACGGCAAGACAACAAUAAAGAUUCGAAGGAAGCCAACAAUGCCAACCAUGACUCAGCCCAGCAGAGGCAGAAUAGAGAGCGAGAAGAGUUUUUAAGGGAACAAAAGGAGCUUCUUGCCACGCAGAGCAAAGGUGAGGCGACGGCAGUGCAUCGAGAUAUCAAGACGGAGCUUGGCUCCAAUUUGAUAGUGACUGGAGGCAAUACCACUGGGUCAGUGAUCCCUUGGCGAGACAAUGAUCCCUCAAGGUCCCUGAGCUCCCACUGGUUGCAGGCUGGCGGCACCAUGGCACCUACAUACUGGCUUGGUCAGUCCCCUUACAGUAUCACUCAUCCUGCGGUUCACUUACCAAACGUCGAUCCAUCACACAUUCCUAUGACGCCUCCUGGUGGUGGAUACAAGCUGGCCCAAGACCCAAUGACUGGACAGCUUUUUCUCAUUCCUGCCACGAAUAUAGAUGUUAUAGACCCCAGUCGAUUAUGGUCUGGUUUAACUGGAUCAGCCCCAUUGCAAUCGAUCAUUGCCCAGCCGCCAAGCAAUCAGAUCCAGCAGCCAACAACCACUGCCCAACCGCAACCACAGCCACAGAAGGUCUCAAAUUUUCCUGUACCGAUAGGCUCAGCUACUCAUCAGAUACAUGUGCCCAAAACUGAAGAAAUAUCAGUCACCGAUAGACAGGAUGAACAAAAACAGUCAGACAGAAGUGCUCCAGUAGUGCCAGACCCAAUUACCAAUUCAGCAGCUGAUGACAGUACAUCCCCGUUCCUUAGUCGCGUCCCAGUUUCAUGUGGUACUGGACAACCCUAUGCAUAUCCCUACCCAGCCACCCCCCUGCCAUAUUUUUAUGACCCCAGUGUGAUCCCAGUGCAUGGUGUAUCGAUGGCAGAGAACCUCAUUACCCGACCUGAACCUAGUGUUCAGUCAAGGGGGACAUCCCCUAUGACUAUUACAUCAGCUGCAUCUCCUCUCCCAGAUCAGGAAUCUGCUGAUCUACAGGAGGACAUAACAUUGGACCAAUCUAAACUUAUAACUCACAGUACAAUAUCCGUUCAGACUAGCCCAGAUGCAGAGCAAAUGAGCGAAAUGCGGGAACAAAGCUGUCAGACAUCAGAAACUGAAAAAGAGGCUCAGGAUGAAAGUGAGGAUGAACGGGAAAAACAACGUAAUGAAAAUGUGACUAUUAAGUUAGAUGAAAUUGAAAAACCACACACAAAACACUUUGAUUCAAAAGAAAACGAACACGUUGAUCCCAAAGACAAUGUUGUAAAUGUAGGCAAACAAAAAGUAGAAAGUGUAGGCCAGAAACCAAAGAGUGUGAUUGUUGGUCCAAAUCAACGAAUAGAUGGUUUGGGUCAGCAGCAAGAGAAGUGCGACUCUAAGGGUGAAGCAGUUGAAUGUGAUGUAGUUGAAGCCAAGACAGAAUCAGAAAUACAAAGGCAGCAGGGAUUGGUCGAGGAGGUGCGUGUUUGUGAUAAGAGGUCCACUAUAUUGUGCUGUGAUAAUAUAUUCGACAUUAUUGGUGAUAUUCAUAAAAAUAAAACGAAUGCCUUGGACGCUUUGUGUUGCGCUACGCAAAUGACCAAUGCUUUAGAAGAAAUGCGUAAGGAAUCAGAAAAGGAAGUACUGAUCGACAAUAGUUACAAGAACCUUGAGUCCAAUAUGGCAUCUUCGUAUGGGGUCAAACAUGAUGUUGCGGUGAUCUCUGUGGCGCAGGGGGGUCAGGACCUCGACCCAGUGGAUGGUCUUGCUUUACUUAGUGCCAUGGCUGAGAAAAGAGCAGAAGAGGAACAACGAGUAGUCGUCAAUCAACAGAAAGAGAAAUCAUCCGGAGCCAUCAAGAAGGAGCCAGAAAUGUUUGUGUUCAAUACAGACAUCAACAGGAAUUACGAGGGUACAGCUAUGAGGUCCCCGCCGUUGAGCAGCUGCAGUAGUCCGACAUUCGUCUUCAAGCGUGAGAGGAAGGACAGUGCCAGCUGGAGCCCUCUUAGCGGUGAUUCAAGGCUCUUUGGUAGUAAAAACGACGCAGAGACUAUGGAUGCAUCAGAGUUUGAGAUGAGGAUGAAGAUGGCAGAGCUGCAGCGAAAGUACAAAGAGAAGCAAAAGGAGCUAGCCAGGUUACAGCCAAGAAAUCUAAGUAAAUCCGAUGAUGACAGAAAUUCAAAACGUGGACCAGGACGACCAAAGAAGCGGAAACUGAGUAAGCAGGAUACUGCCGAGGAGAAAUCUCCUGACCACCAGGAAGAACCAAGGAAAAAACAUAAGAAGAGGCAUGCAAAGGAGGACGAUGAGGAGAAGAAAGACAAGAAGAGAAAAGAAGACAAGCGCAGUGAACAGCACCGGCAGCAUAGACUUGAGAAACAGUGCAGUGAGGAUUCUGUCAGAUCUGAAAGCAAGCUAUUGUCAAGGUCUAUAAGUGAUGGUAGCACGUCUUCAAGUGAUAUUCCUCUGGCCCAAGUGCAGCAAAGAAUGAAGAGAACAGAGAGCACAGAGAGCUCCACUGCCGAUGCUGGAUUUUCCUCCGGCUUUUCCGACAGGGGUCUCCAACUCCUGGCGAAGUAUGCCUCAACUGAGCCAGAUGUCGUCAAUGAGCCAAAGCCAAAGAAGAAGAAGAUUGAAAAGGGUGAAAUAAAACAAGAGGCCAUCCCUACAAUAUUGACACCCGUCUCCAACAAAAGAAAACCUGGUCGCCCAAAGAAAUUGAGCCCAGAGCAACCUUCUGAGACAGAGACGAUAGUUGCCAAGAAACCAAAGACUCUUGGUCUCUUACACAUGAAAGAGAAGAGUAAAGAUAUGGACAAACCACUCAAUGUGCAUAUUGAUUCCGACAUGAAGCCGCCAAUAUUUCUUGAUGGAGACUGGAACAUAAGACGGAGUGAAAGAAUAUUCCUCAGUGAUGCAACAAGUCCACAGGCUUCACCAUCAAUUGGUCCACCAAACAAAGACACCCCAUUGAAGAGCCCAAUGAAACUCAGUCCAUCCAAAGUUCCCCUAGCUUCCCCAAGGAAGUUAACCACUGAUAAAAAGCCUUGCAAGCAAAUUGUGUCACCAUCAUCCUCAUCGGAGAAGGGGGAGAAACCUAAGAGAGUAACAACACCAAAGCCACAUAAACCAAAGAGCUCUCCUCCAUCUGCAUUCCCCUUCAAGGAGAAACUCAAGUACAAAUAUGUGUAUUCAAGUAGUGACAGCAGCUCAGAGAGUGACAGUGAAGGAGAUAACGUACCCUUGAGUGAACUGAAAGAGAAACCCCAGACAACAGAACCCCGAAACUGCACCAUUGACGUGGACAAUCUCGUAGAUGGUCUCCGAGUACUGGUAUUGAUGUCCAAUCUUUUCUAUGAAGCAGAGGUGAAAGCAAUACAGCCUCCUGACAUCUACGGAGUAGUCAUAUUUGGUGAGAGGGGCGGCCGACCACAUAUCAUGACCCAGGAGGAAGUGCUCAAGGAGGCAGUGAUAGAUGUACAGCCUUCGUCUCCUAAGUUCUUACCUGAGGGGACACGUGUCUGUGCUUACUGGAGUCAACAGUUUAGUUGCCUAUAUCCAGGGACAGUUGAAAAAGAGAGCCCUAACCCAGAUGUGGACAAGAACUUGAUCAAUGUAGAGUUUGAUGAUGGGGAUUCAGGGAAGAUUCCUAUUGAUCACAUUCGUAUGCUGCCUGCUAACUUCCCAUUGUGUACAUUUUCUUCGUCAGAACCAAGUCCUUUACUUCUUGCAAAUAAGCGCAUGAAACGGUUCUCAUCGGAUAGUGCUGCCACAGAUGUGUUGAAGGAGAGGAAACCAUCUAUCUCUGAAUCUCUACCGAACUUAACGACUGUGAGUGAGGAGCCAAAGAAAGGGACCAGCAAACGAGGACCAGGAAGGCCCAAGAAAUUGAAGUUAGAUUCAGAGACAGGCAUAGAGACAGGAAGCUUCGAAAUGUCUACCAUUUCAGAGCAGUUAGAGAACAUUGUGUUCAAACCCGAGAAAAAGAAGUCGAAAGAAAAGAUGAAGGAUUCGAAGAAAGAUAGCCAGGAUGGGAAAGGGGUGGCAAAGAGAGUUAAAGACGGGGGGGCGGAGGUGAAGAAGAAAACGAAAUUUACCAACGAUAUUGACAUGAAGAAGGAAAAGUCAGAAGCGAAGAAAAAAAGUUCCAUUAUCAGCGAGUCGCACUUUGCAAAGGCAGCAGAGUUUGGUAAACUUGGUCUUGGAGAUGAAAGCAGUUCAUCAGAGGAUUCAUCGGAUGAUGAAGAGGAAGACGACAGUUCAUCUGCAGAGAGCUCGAACAAUGAAUCAUCUGCGUCUGAGUCUGAAAGCAGUAAUGCAACAAGCAGCGUAACGAGUUCAGUUGACAAGAAACGUAAACGUAAGGAAAAGGAGCGAAAACGUGCCAGACGGCAGUCUAGUGAGAAUAAAAGCAAGAUAGCAGGUAACACGUCAUUCCUACCAGCCCGACAGCUGUGGAGAUGGUCAGGGAAGGGAACACGGCGUCCAGGCAUGAAGGGCAAGGCAAAGAAAGAAUAUUACAAAGCCAUAACCAGGGGGCGAGAGACAAUUAAGGUUGGUGACUCUGCUGUUUUCAUGAGCACUGGUCGGCCACACUUGCCAUAUGUUGGCCACAUCGAGAGCUUCUGGGAAGGAUGGGGAGGGAACAUGGUGGUCAAGGUCACAUGGUUUUACCAUCCUGAGGAGACGAAAGGUGGGAAGAAACUGAUCAAAAUGAAAGGUGCCCUUUACGAAUCGCCCCACGGUGAUGAGAAUGACGUCCAGACUAUAUCCCACAAAUGUGAAGUCCUGUCCUAUACAGAUUACAAAAGACGGAAGAUAAGCAGCGAGAAUGACAACAAUGAUGUUUACUACCUUGCUGGAAACUAUGACCCCAUUGUGGGAACUGUUGUCUUUGAGUCUGACGUCAUGCAUACUUAAUAGCACAUUGCGUAUCACUUGUGUCUCUUGUCUGAAAGUGAAGAAAGGUAAUUGCUGUCGUGGUGUCGAGAAUUUUGUCUGAAAAAGCGAACAAUGUUAUGUUGUCAAGACUUUUGUCUGAAAAAGGCAAUUACUACCGGUGUGAAGUCAAGACUUUUGUCUGAAAAAGGCAAUUACUACCGGUGUGAAGUCAAGACUUGUGUUUGAAAAAGGCAAUUACCGGUGUGAUGUCAAGACUUUUGUCUGAAAAAGGCAAUUACUGAUAGGAUCUAAGGACUUGUGUUAGAAAAAGGUAAUAAGGGCCUAAUCUUACAGUUACAGUAUAAGGACUCUCGGUUUCAAGUAUUAUUAGCAGCGUAUCAGUCAAAGACAAAAACAAUGUUGUGCUCUGAUUAUAUCAAAUGGGCAUUCUUGAGAGAAGAGCUUCAAAAUCUCCUUAUGACAGCAUUUGUUAUUUAUAAAAGCAAUUCAUUAUAUGAUAUGAUAUGUAAUAAUGAUUAUAAACGGUGUUGUGUCGAUGUUGUCCAUCCACAAUAAUAUGCACAUCAAUCUACCUUUCUACUAAAUGUACUAAAUGUACUGGGUAGCCUUCCUCUAGAGGCAUCUUGAGAACUUUUCAUUCAACACCUGAAAAGCACUAUAAGGGAAAGAUUCUUCAUCAAAACUUUUGAGCAAUUCUCCACCUGAAAUGAUAGAAUACCAAUAUUCUCUGACACCAAAAUUUGAUUUAUUGAUUGAUUGAUUUUACAUAUUUAUGACAAAUGGUUCCAGCUUUAAUCUUGCCGGAAUACUAAAACUGUGUAAAUGAUGCAAGACAUUUUGAAAGUAUGCCGCCACCAUACGCAAUAUAAGCUGAUGAGCACCAUGCACGUAGUGUCCAUCAAAGGCCUCGUACGAUUAAAGGCAUAUGUCAGUUGCAUGUAUCAAUUUUCUGAUUGCUGCAUGUUAAUUUAGAGUAUGUGUGCACUUGGAUUUGUCAAAUGAAACAUACAACAAGGUUAUCGUUUGUUAUCUUACAAAAACCGGGCAAGUUUUUUUUGUGCUGCUAUGGCAGAAGCCUGUGUCAUUUAAAUGAAAAUAACUACCAACUUUUGGCGUAGGUUAACUAUAUACAUGUAUAUCACUGAAAAUUGAUUCUUGCUUGUGACUUUGCCUUCUCUGCAUAUACAUGUAACACGCUUCAAACUUAGGUGACUUCAUGGUGCUAGAGGUUAACAAGUAAAGCGUAUGAUCCAUGUCCCAUGCAUAUCAGUUAGAUCACCUCAAUGUAUGAUCAUAAUACUUAUUUUUUAAUGAAGUGUUGUCAGUUGCAUCAUGUAUUUGAAAACAAUUUGUGAUUUUAUCAUGUAAGGAAAGAAUUGAAACAUCGUGGUUUUAGAAAUUGGAAACUGAAAGUUUUAAGAGUAUGAUUUGGGACCAAUAUAUGAACUGUUAAUUUGAAUAUAAUUUGAGUUCAAGACAUUGUCUUUAUUAAUAAAAACGUGGCAUUAUUCAUAUGCUCUGGUUGUAAUGAUACUACUCAUGGGUCCUACUUCAUACACCCUGACUUACAAGGUUUUGGUACAGUGGCUCAUGUAGUAUUUGUAGGCCAGUGCACCUGUGGUCCUUGGAUGAUUGUACACAAACUUAUUUAACCUGCAACAUCCCACAUCAUUAUGCAUUUGUUACCACAGUUUUAUUUUCAAUAUACUAGUACUUUUAUGAACAUGUAUCAAAUAUAGAAGCUCAAAUAAAAUGUUUUAAUUCAGCAAGUGACCGGCAAUAUUGUUUUGAAAUGACUCGCUGGUCAUAAAUAUGCAACUUUUCCAGUCUCACGAUAAAUAUAACAGGGAUAGGAUCGAAAAACAAAAAACAGUAUGUUACAAGUGACUUCUGACACAAAUUUCCCAAACAACUUGUGAUGUCAUCACAUUUGUAGACGUUGUUUUAAGUGAUGCUUCACAGAUGCUGUACACAGUGAUGUCACACGAACCGUUUUCCGUUUUUUGCUUAUAACUACUUUGACUCCUACGCAUAGUAGGCCUAAUCUAUGCUUGAUAUAACUUAGAUUUUACGGCGCGUAAUUCUCAUCAUGCCGGAGUUGAUAGUAAAUUUUAUUUUAUUUGAGCUUUAACUUGCAUUUACUUAUGUUGUGUAACUUUGUGAAAGGACACACCGGCUGGUACCUUCAUUUGGUGUGUAAUUGAGAAGAAUAGAGGGACCAUUGAUCCGAUUAUUGAACAUUUCGAGUGAGAAAAGGGAAACCUAUCGAGUUGGUCAAUGUAAACUUGUUUACUAUGCUUAUAUUCAACAUACCGGAAAUUUAAAAUCUCUUCUCAAAGGUCAAUCACUGAUCAAGCCAAUGAUAUGCAUGCCAGCAAAAAAUACAUUUUGAAGUGACAUGUUUUUGAUGUCAGUCAUAGACCAGAGCAUUGACUUCGUAAAAUUUCACAGGAUCUGCUCAUGGAAUUAUAAAACACUGUGGACAGACGUACAGGCUAUAUUACUUCUAUUGCGGGACUGGGUCAUUUUACUUUUUUUGGGGUCUGGCGAGUAAAGGAUAUCUGACAGUUCGUUUUGGUUUAUCCGCAAUGGACAAAAUAAUCUAUCAGUGGAUCACAGACCUAAAUACAAGGUAUCUACAUGUUUUUCUGCAGUGGAAUUGUUCAGUUCCAGAGUAUAGCCUGUAUGUUUGUCCACAUACAGUGUAGAAGUAUACAAGAUUGUGUACGCAUCUUAAUGGAAUGCCCUGUAGUAUCAAAUCAUCAGACAAAUUGAGCCAUUUUGGCUGUUUUCUCUAGGGUUGAAUAUUUGCAUUGUGGAUUAUAAAAGGCAAUGAUAUGCUAUUUUGCAUAUCUCUAGGUUUUAUUGCAUAUCUACAGAUGUCUUUUCUGAAGAGAAUGCUGUGUGUAUGCCUGUUUGACAUCACUGGAUGCUGGCAUACUAGAAUGUUGACUGCUGAAGUUUGUACUCGAAAGUGAUUGUACAUAUAUAUGCAUUGUAGGGUUCAUAGGAUAAUUAGAGGAUAUGAUAUGUGAGGUUAGCUCAGGGAAAGGAGAUUAUAUUACUUGUUUCUCGGGCAUGUAGCUCAUCCUAGGUUGUGCUGAUUGGCUUAUGAUGUAUCCUCUGUCUUUGCUUGAAAGAAAUAUGUGAACCGUGGAUAAAACUGGAACAAGAAUGAAUUUUGAACAAAGAUUUGGAAAUUGACUAUUGUGUAAAAUUGGAAUAAUCAAUUACCGGUAUUUUUUGCAUCUUCGAAAAACACAUUUUUUACCUUCCAGUCUGGCAGCGCUGCGGUUCUGUUGUUUCUUAUUGCAGCCCAACUCGAAUUGAUUCUCUCGGGAUGACUGUUGGGAUAUAUAAAACGAAUUUAUACUAUAUAGUGCAAGAUUAUUUUUGGAUGACAUGUGCUAAAAUACUUAUUUCACCAAGAGAUUAUGGAUUGUCUCUUUCGAUAUAAUAUAACUUAUAUUUGUCCACAAAUGAGAUUUCUUGAACUAAGCCAGAGAAACAUUUUUAUGUUGUUUUUUUUUUUAAUUCAGAUUAAAGAAAAAGAAAUUUACGACAAAUUUAUAUGUCUUGUGAUUUUGGUUUCAAGUUAUAGACCAAUUACUAAUUUGCUACUGUUUAGAUCUAUUCGGAUGAACUUUGUGAAAGGCUGACAAUAACUUUUUGGUGUCCGUUCUCGAUUUUAAAAAGCAUGAGCAGGCACGUACUUCUGAAAUGGAUAACAGUAUUGGGCCCGACUUUUGGUAAGUUGGUGGCCAUUUUGGAUUUUGGCUGCCAUUUUAACUUUGUGGAAAAUCAAGGGUGGCGCCCAUGUAGUUUAGUUGAAAGAGAUGGUCUCAGAACAACACUAAGAAACCAUUGAAGGCGAAAAGUCAGUUUUUCCUAUGCCCAGGCAUGUCUAAAGUAUAUUUGGUUUGCAAAAAUACCCGCCCAGCCACUUUGAAAUCGCCCAAACAUUCACAAAUACCACCGGCAACUGGACUUUAUUAUAACAUAAAAGUCAAAUCAACUUAUAAUCAAAUUCAUUCUGAACAAUCAUGGACAUUUGGAAGAAAUAUACAACUUAACAAGUAGAUUGUUUGAAAUGGUUAAACUGUUGUUCUUUCAUGGAAAACUCCAGUUGCCUUUGGAACAGGUGAUGACAAAAUGGUUGAAUUACAGUAAAACAAAUCAUCUAUUAGGAGGGGGAAGCACUCUCAGAUGAGUUCUCGGUAAUUAAAAUAAGGGGUAGAAAUUCUCCUCCCCCUGCCAAAACAUAUAACGUCAUAUCUUAGAGUAACCAGACUGAAUUUAGUUCGGUUCCUCUAAGGUCAUAUUGAAAGCUUACCAUAUUAUUCCAAGUGUGUAAAUAAGAAUAGUAAAAUGCGCUGUUAGGGCUCUUAGUAUAAUAUACUUGCACAUGUACUUGAUGAUAUAAGUAUCUGAAACUGAAAGUCACAUAUUUUCAGAUGAGUGGGCGAAAACGUACUAUAUACAUAUAUACAUAUAAAUUGUAUAGUAACUACCGUAAAUGAUAUGCUAUAUGGAUAUGAUUGUUCACAUAUAGACAAUGAACAUUGUUGGAGACAUUUUAUUAUAAAAGAUACAAAUAAAAAUCACAAAAUAAUUUCUCAAAA